AUGUCUGUCACUACAUCUAUGCAGGAUAUCAUGCCGUCCCCAUUGACGACCCUGAUGCCGUCAGAUCCAUCGCACGCAGAUCACAGAUGGGAUGUAGAUCGCGUUGGGUACAUGAUUGCGACCAACCGGGGAACAGCAGUCAGUGACCGCUGCAGCGUCCACAUUGGUGACAGCACGUUCAAUAUGUCGGCGGGACAUUGGUGGGACCACCACAGGCUUCUGCUGCCCGGCUUCCUGUUUGCGAAUGGCGCGUGGUGGGGAGAUGAGUGCACGCGGCAGGCAGAGACGUGUGCGACUUUCCCUGCGGCAACAUGGUGCCACUCGCUGUCCGGCGCACUGACGACUGGCCGCGCAUCGAAGGCGGUAACUGGGCGCUUACCCUGGCCGGCCGUCAAGACGAUGGACCGGGCGCGCUCGCCGGACGUUAGCCGGGAGCACCAUCGAGAGGCACAGGAGACGCGGGCCGCUAGAGUGACCGGCGGUGCUGGUCAUCAGCGCAACGGUUGGACGCAAGAGCGUCGGGCGGCGUGGCUACGCUUUCCACCGGAUCGGACGCGGGCUGGGCGGAGGGUGUUGUAUCGCAACACGCGAUGCAAGAUGGAGCGGGCGCCGUCGGGAGCGCAGCGUCCAUGUGAUCAUCGCGCGGAGACGGAUCGAGGCAGCCAGCUGAGCGGGCGCGGCGUGCGGGCGUCCGGCACGGCGAUUUUGAGACGCGGGCUGUGUGACAAGUGCCAUAGCGCGGCGGCAGCGAAGAACGAAGCGUCGCGUGGACUGCCGACGUGCGGUAACCGGCGCGCGCGAACCAACGCGGGUCGCUCAGGCAUGAGCGGGAUGCGAGAUGGAGCGGACGCUGUUGAGAGCGCGACGUACGAGGGAUCGCAGCGCGGGGAUGGCGCGGGGGCAGACGCGCUCAGCGGCAGCGGGCGGCGUUGCGGUCCCGGUCAGCAUUCGUCGCGGCGGUCUACACCCUUACCUGGACGCGCGACGCCGGACUCGGUCACGCCGCGCAGGCCAGGAACUGCGCGUGCAUCUGCGCGAUACACCAGCGACUUGAUGCGAAGUGUGCUGACCGGGCUGAAGAGACGGAUCCGUGCACGAGAGAGCGGCGCGCACAAGACGGCAUCUGCUGGUGGCGGGACGACGGCGGGCGAGGAGAGACGGACGGGCGCAUUCAUACCGCGUUACCUUGGCGCUUGA